AUGUAUUCGGAAGCCCAUAAUUCCGGAGGCACUCCACAUUCCUCGACAGGACCGCAGACGAGAAACUCGCUCAUCUACACCGUCACCUCCAUCUCUUACUCUGUACAGCAACCUGCGGCGACGAUGGAGCCUCCCUCUUCGGACCCGGUACAUCCACAGCUCCCUCCCGAGAUGUGGCUGAGGGUCAUCGGUCAUCUCCAGCGACCUCGACCCCGGCCGACGGGAACCAACAAGCCAGCAUCUAUCCGCCAGCCAGAUCUAGCGACUUUGAUGCGCUGUUCCAAGCUGUUCAACAACCUCACCUCCACGGGGCUUUACACCAACGUCGUCUCGGACCACCUACCAUCCCUGAUCUACGGUAUCAAUCGACCGUCCAAAGAUGUCAUUGACCCUGAGGAAGAGCGCUUCAAUGGCCACAAGCAUGAUCACGAUCCUCAUCUCUGCGCCGACCACCGUCCGUCCUACGUCCCCGGCAGCAACCAACGCGCUGCAGCAGACGGCAUCAAAUCCAAGUUCGAACUGCUUCGUAUGACCAAGCGGCUGUACCUCGAGUACCUUGACAAGACGGAGCCGACGUACGAGCGCCUCAUGCAUUACGGCGGGGCGCUGUACGAUCUGUACCAGCCAACCAAGGCGGAGAUGCUGAGGGUCUGCGAGGCGGAAACGGCCUGGAUACACGCGGCCGCAGAGAAGAUGGAGCCGGUCAAGCCGAAUCUCGGCAGCUUCUCUACGGGUGUCUACCUCGGAGGUCAGACCGACGUCUGGAUGUACCUGGAGGAGCAUCAGGUCCAGCCUAUCGCCAAAGCCGUCAGCGCCUGCGCCGUCGCGAUGCUAGCGUUAGCGGGCAACUCCAAGGCCGACGUCAAGCUUUGCAAUCGGGCAAUUUACGGUCCAAUACGCCUGGCUUCUGGCGUCUUCCCUCUUCACGGAUCUGCACCCCCCUCCUCGGUCAUACACACCGCUCACGUCGAGUCCUACACCGGGCGGGAGAAUAUGCUCAAGGAUCCCUCCGUCUGGGGGUCCCCCGCAAUUUACACGCUCUCAUUUGAUAUCUACCUCCCUGCCGUCAUGAUGAAGCCAGUGGCUCAGACGGCGCUUCGGAAGGUGAUUCAAGACACGGCGCGGCGGACCAAGAUGAGCAUGGGGAUUCCGGAGAGUCGAUACAAGGAUGAGUGGCGCCUCAAGAGCUUGGAUUCGGCGCCCAUGUGUGAGGCUUGCUUUUGGGACGUGUCAGAUCUCGAGGCGGUAGUAUGCGACAAGUAUGAACCGUGGUAG